CGAAUAUAGAAAGGUAGGCAUAAUAUGAGAUAAGUAAAUGUGUGGAUAACCAUGUAUCUAUGCCAGUGAAAGCCGGAAUAAUUACUGUCUCUGUGCCUGGAUUGGCACCGUACUGUAUUUUAAAUUGAAGAUCUAAACAAGUGCAAGUUAACAGAAAAUUGCAGAUUUCAGUGUUAUUUAGUUAUGCAGAAAGCAGCAGUUUCCUUCCUUUUCAUUCGUACUUGAUUUCUCUUCAUUUUACUAAAUACACUGUACCCUUAACUGCUUGAGAAGCAGAAAAGUUGGGGGAAAUGCGGUUUUGUCAUGACUACUGGGGACUUGUGACGUCACUGUAAGCCCUGUGUGAUCGUAGGUGGUGUUAGCGCUCCAGGAGCGAGUGGGGGGAGAGCAGUGAAAGAGACGAUGUCGCUGUCUGAGGAGCAGCCAGCCUCUCUCACUGCCGCGAGCAGCCAGCUCUGUCAGGGCAAGCCUGCACAGUGCCAAAUGGACUCCCUAAAAGAAAUGCAUCAAGCUGGAUUCGAGUGGCAGAGGACAGAGGGAAAGCUGAAUGAAAUCGGGCUGAGUGUCAGCAUGGACGGGCAGCUGAAAGAUGGGGUUGUGAAGAAUGCCAGCUUCCUGGAGCAGAAUAAGCUCUGCUUUUUUGAAGGCAAGAGAGACAAAGAGCUCAGCAGUGAAGUACAGGACAAGGUGUAUCAAGCAGCUUCAGGUCACCUUGAGAGCAGGUAUGUGAUUUCAGAAAACUGGCAUCCCUCGAAGGGUAACUCGGUGCACCAGAAGGCAGCCGAGUUCCAUCCGGAACUCACACAAGAGCCAGACAAAAACAAAGCCAAUCCAAUUCAGGGGGAAGUGGCAGGGGGAAAUGGGGUAGAAACCAAGAGCCAGCCAGAUCUGGAUUGCCCUGGAACCACUGAUAUCCCCACUGGGUUUGCCGAAGAUCAGGAAACCACUGUUUGGAACCCCAACUUUCAUCCUGUGGCUCCGGGAUCAAAGGAGGCAACUCUAGGAAAGGAGAAUGGCAUCAUCCCUGGCUGCACAGUGAUUGGGGUGGCAGAUGAUAUUACGGGACGACUUGCAUGUGAGUCCCCACUAGUGGUGGCCAUAGGCCCCCCAGACCCUACAUCUGAGCCUUCCCCUCCUGCUUCCCCCCGCAGCACAAUGCUGGCGCUCUCCCAGGAGUGUUUGAAUGCAGGCUUGCCCGUCAGAGGCCAUGAUAAGGAACUGGAGAAGCUGAGUUCUACUGAAGAGGGGACUGUGAUUCACCAAGCCCCUCAGCAGAAAAAGGCAAUGCGCAGGGCUUUGUCUGAGUGUUCUCACCUUUCAGUUCCCCAAGCUGUCAACCUUACAGAUAAGUACCCUGAACUUCCUGCCCGAGAAGAGUUUCCCUCUGGCCUAUCGCCUCCUACUAGUGGCCCAGUACCAAGUCCUCUGCCCAGGAACCUGGGAGCCCCUGCUGUAAGGCGCUCCAUGACAGUGGCGGAAGAACAGCCAGCUGUCCCCAGACUGAGCCCCUCAGAGCCGUCCGUCUUGUCUGCUACCGAGAUACCUCCUUUGAUCUGCGAAGACUCUGCAGCCAAGAAAAGAGAAGAGUUGACCCACUUGAACAGCAGCAGCAGCAGCCCUGGGAAGAAGGAAUUCGGUGCCACUGGCUUGUAUCUCCAAACUAAGCUAGAGCAGAUUCCUGAAGCAAGCAGCAAGGAAAAGGAACAGGAAGGUUUUAGUGCAACAAAAAUUGAUUCAUGCCCCCAAGCCUGCCAGGGAAGUGAGAAACAGCCAGGACAGUCGGCUCUGGCAGGGAAGAAAGAAAUUGAGGUCACUGCAACCCAGAGUACACCAUCCCUCCUGUGUGAAGAGAGCCCACGUGAUGGUAUGUUUCUAAAUUUUGCUUCCCUUGGGAAUAAGCAGACAGCAAGAAAGGGAGCAGUGUGAUGGAUUACCGGCAGGAGAGUUAGGCAGCUUAUUGCUGUUGGAGUCUGUGACAGCUGGGGGAAAGCUUUUUCCGUUAUAUUGGAAUCUUGCUGGGAGUAAGGGAGCAGAACAGAGUGAAUCUGGCUGGGUCGAGCUGACUUGACAGUGUGGACAGAGGGUGAGGGCUGACUGGAGUGCAUGUGAGUUGGCAUCAGAAAGUGGUGGGCAUACAAGUGAAAGCCCCUUCCUUACUUGACCUCAUGUCACAUGCCCACUUCACCCGUAUGAUCCCACCCUGAGCUUCCCAUUCGUGUGAACUGGGUGACUGCUGAGCUCUAAAUCAUCCAGUCACAAAACGGUCCCUGUGUAGCUUCACAAUGGCUGUGUGAGCACUGGCCCAGCUGUCGUUCUUACACAAGCUGUGGAAGCCCUCGUUUCCAUUUUGCUUUUGAGAAUGCUUCA